AUGGAAAACUUCACAUUCAACAGCUUCACACUGCAGUUGGAGGGCUUAAAAGUUUCUAAAUACUCGAUGUACCCUGUCUUUCUUUUCUUCUUCUUCUCCUACCUCUUUAUAAUGAUUACAAAUGUUGGCAUUGUAGUCCUGAUUUUCAUUGACAAAAGCCUUCACCAGCCCAUGUAUCUGCUUUUCUGCAACCUGCCAGUUAAUGACAUUGUUGGGAACUCGAUCAUGAUGCCCCGUUUGCUUUCAGGUAUCUUGCAGCCUCCAACUGAGCAUUUCAUUAGUUAUUAUGAGUGUGUAGUGCAAGCUUUCACCACACACAUGUUCGCCACCUGUUUUUACACAGUGCUGAUGAUUGGUCUGACCAUGCGACUGAACCGAUGUAGAACUCUGAUCAUGAAUCCCUACUGUGACAAUGCCUCUCUGUUUAAACUCUCCUGUGAGAAUGUGUUUAUUAAUAAUAUGUAUGGUCUCACUUUCACCGUCAUCCUGUUCACAGGUUCCAUAGGCAGCAUGGUUCUCACCUACACUAAGAUUACAGUCGUCUGUCUCACCAGUAAAAACAAGUCUUUGAACAGUAAAGCCUUAAAGACGUGCAGCACUCAUCUGGUUGUGUAUCUCGUCCUGCUGAUCAGUGCAUUAAUUGUCAUUAUUCUGCAUCGCUUCCCUCAGUACUCUGAACACAGAAAACUGUCUGGCGUUCUGUCUCACAUCAUCCCCGGCUGCCUCAACCCCAUUAUUUAUGGCAUACAGUCUGCAGAAAUCUACAGAUCCUUGUCAACAUUAUUCAGAUCAAAAAAACGAACACCGUUACCCUGA